AUGGACCGCAUUCAAGAGGAACUCCGCAAGAUAGCCACCGCUACGCAGACCGCUGCCGACGAGGUCGUUAAACUCCAAAACUCUCAAGCCGCCGCCCAGAACCGACCGAGCGAGGAGAUUCUGCAAGCACUUGGCCGCAUCGAUAAGCGCCUUGACGCGCUUGGGCACGCCAUCAUUAUGAGUCUCACUAAGCUUGAGAGCAAGCUGGACCAGAUGAAAUAUGACAUCGAGGACCAAAUCAACGAUCGCAUUGCCAAGAACAAGGUAGCAUAUCACUGCGGAUUUGGCCAUGAUGUGUCCAAGCUUAGGACUGCUAAUUGGACGGCUUGGGGUACGACAUUUAGCCGUCGUGAAGAUGUGCUUAAUCGUAGUGGUUUGGACGAUCUCCUAUCGACGGCCAUGAAUAUGGACAGCCUUAACCCUCUCAUUCUCCAAUUGCAUGUUGCUAAUUCUCAUCCUUACGGCCGCAAGGCUGUGAAAGCCUGA